GACAACUUCGAGAAUCUCCGCUUUGCGCUUGCUGCCGGCUGCCGUGGGUGGCUGCCCCGUCCCAUGGAGCGAAAUCGGCGUGAAAGAUCCGAUCCCGCAGGCUUGUGUUGCGCGCGUUGAGUUGGGUAGGUAUCAGGCUGGCUCACUUGUCUGUGGAGGACCCACCUGCCGGUGGGUGGGUGGGCCUCUUCUGCGAGAGGCUCGGACGGGUCCUGCGGCUGUCGGCGCUGUCCAGGGAAAACAGAAACAGGGCAGUCUCGUGGCUCUACAUCUCCCCUGAGGACACGCCGGGGGGCAUGACCACCAAAGUCACCUUUAUGGUCAGUAAACCAUGGGCAAGGCAGGGUCACGGCACGCGACUCAAUCGGCAGCUCAAAAGACGCGGUCUUGGCCCUCGGUGAUAGUGUAUGUGUGUGUUGCUUGUUUAGGUGCAUUGCGACACCUGCUUUGGCGAAAGUGUCAAGCUGGUCGGCAACCAUUCAUCCAUCGGAGACUGGGAUGUAAGCUAAGCGCUCCGCUCCGCUCACAGACAGACAGACAGACACAUACAUGUCAGUCAGGCUGGCGAUGCGAUGCGCGUGCAUCUGGCUGUCUGUCUGUCUGUCUGUCUGUCCCUCUGUCUGUGUUGUGUGUGUGCAGCCUGCGAGCGGCAUCCCUCUGGCCACCGAUGACGUCCUCUAUCCCAUUUGGGUGUCAGCUCCAGUAGAGGUACGCCAGGCCAGCCAGACCAGACCGGCUCAAUAUAUCACGCAAAUGAACGCACUACUUUGGCUUUGUUGUUUCUUCUUUUGCCUGGCCCAUUCAUUGCUCACGACCCGCAGCUGCCAAGAGAUGGAUACAUCGUAAGCAACACAACGCAGACAUGAAGGAGACGGCCAGACACGAACCCAUUCUCGACCGCCCCUCUGUGUGUGUGUGUGUGUCACUAUCAUUAAUGCAGGAGUACAAGUACGUCAAGUACGGUGAGCACCACACGAGGUGGGAGGAGGGCUUCGAGGGCAACCGCAGCCUGCAGGUCCCCACCGACACCUCCUCCCUCGAGGCUCAUCUCGCCUCAUUCGUGGUGGUCAACGACGACAAGUUCGACGCCAUCCCCAUUCGGGCGCGGCACCCGGAGAUGAUCACCUACGACGCCAAACGGAAGCUGGGGGCCUUUGUGGGGCGGUGGGGCAUCAUGAAGGAGAGGUCAGACGCUAUCGGACCCCUACUCGAAAUCAUGGGACUCGACUGGUAAGUGAGUGGCCACAUGACAUCCACAUCAGAUAGAUAGAUAGCCUAGCGGUCGGUGUCUUGAGGCCAAGAGCCACACACACACACACACACGGAUCCUCCCUUCCCCCUGUGUGUGUGCAGGUUUGUGCGGAAUGCGAUAGACAAUGCGGAGAGCCUGACGGACACGGUGCGUGUGGUGGGCAGCACAUUGGUCAGCAAGCUGUCGACGGCGGUGGGCACACAUCGGGAGGAGAUCUACACCAACGGCGACCCUCAAGAGAUCGAGGAGAUGGGAAAGGCUACCGUCUAUCAGGUAAAACCUCGAUCGGACGGACGGCACCGAUGGAUGACAUUCAGCCAAGAGCUCUGUCUGUCUGUCAUGCCUUGCAGGCCAAGAGCCGUGUGGAGGACAUUCUGCCGCCCAAGGCGCUGCUGCCCGUUGCGAGCCACCACCGGCCAGAGGUGGUCGUGACGACCACCCACCCCCACACGAUGUCUCGUGACGCAGACGAGGUGGGGUCGAGGGCGUCUACGUGUGUGGGUGGGGGGCUGCUGGAGUUCCCCUACAACUUUCGGGUGGUCACCACCAAGCAGUGCUCCAUGAAGGGCACCGUGGUGGAGACCCGACAGCUCUGCGAAGAGGAAAAGGGUCCCGUCAUGCACAUCAAUGUAAGUCAGUGGAGUGACCAAACACACACACACACACACACACAUCCACCAGGCAGGCAGGCACACCUCUCUCGCUGAGUGCAUGGUUGUGGUUGUGGUUGUGGUUGUGUGUGCCAUCAGUUGAAGUUCACUCGUUUGGGUGACAAGGAGCCCGAAUUGGAGCUCGACAGGUACUGGGAGAGAUUGCAUGACAAUGAUUGACUAACCUACGGGUUUUGCGAGCGAUCGAGCGAUUCGAUGGAGUGAGUGAGUGACCACGUGAUGGGUGGAAGGGCGAGGGAGGGAGGGAGUCCUGUUGGGAGUGAUUUUUUCCUGCACCUCUUCCUUCCUUCAUUCAUUCUGGGGCGUCGUGAGCUGAGCUCGUGUUUGGCACUUUUUGCAGCUUUGGGGCAUGGCAUAGUACGUGACGUGACGUCCAUUGAUCGAUCGAUACACGCAAUGCAGAACAGAGAGAAACAUGGUUUUGUUUCCACAUCCUGUCUGUCGGUAUCGCAUCCUCCACUCAUCCAUCCACUCAUCCAUCCGUCCAUCCUGUCAGUCAGUCCAGGUUUUGCUGCCUUGUCGCCUCCCCUGCUACCUGCCUGCCUGCCUGCCUGCCUGUGCUGGCUGGCGAUACAUCACACGAACGCAUGUCAUUCAUGCGUGAGUCACCCACCCACCCACCCACCUGCCACCUACCUACCUACCUACCUGCAUGAGGCGUGCGUGGUGUGUGUGUGAUGGCCAAACCUUUAUUUAUGCGUCCGUGUCGUGUCGUGUAUAUUCUUGACGCAUCGCAUGGACAGUCCCGACCAGGCAGUCAGUCAGUGAGUCAGUCGUCAUGACCUACCUGCCUACCUACCUUAUAUCAACCAACCAACCAACCAACCACCGUUUUUCGUGCUAGCUACAGGCCUUGCUAUGCUACUACUCUGUCUACCUGCAUUCCAACUUUCUGUCCGUGGGCGUAUGUGAUGUGAUGUGAUGUGAGCUGUUUGUUCCAUAGGAUGUGAUGUGAUGUAUGCUGCUGUGGAUGUUGAUGUCAGGCUAUGCUGUAUACUGUCUGUCUGUCUGCGCGAGUGCCUGCCGCCCGCCUGCCUGCCUAUAUGCUUUGCACUCCCUUUAUAUAUCCCCAUUGAUUGAUUGAUGCCUUUGUCGUGUUGUGGACGUCCGUGUGUUGUGUGACGGUUGUGUGUGUGUUUGUUUUGUGUCUGUCUUGUUUGUUUCCACGUAGGAGCUGACUCAGUCUUAUUAUUUUCGUGUGCACGCAAAGCGACUGUCACAAUGAUUACAUACAACAACACGGGCCUUCCGCGCGGGUGGCAAGGGACUGACCUUCAUAAAGGCAAUGCAUAUUAACCGAUGAAGCUCGCAUCUGCGACUUACGGUUCGCUAUAGGGGGGGGAAACUGUCAUUAAGCGUAACACUCGU